UUGGAUCUAUAAUUGGACUCACAUAAAAAAUAUAUGUAUCUCCAUGCUACCAAGCAAUAUUAUCCAAUAGAACCAGUACUACUAGUACCAUUCCUUCAAUGGCUUCCAAAUCCCUUCCCUAUAUUUUUUACACUCUCCUUUUCCUUCUCCAACUACAAUUCUCUGCCGGACAAACUGAAGUGAAAGCCGCAUACUGGUUUCCUGGCUCAGGGUUGUCUGUUUCAGGCAUAGAUUCCACACUCUUCACCCAUCUAUUUUGUGCCUUUGCCGAUCUUGACCCAACCACAUACCAAGUUUCCAUUUCUUCCUCAAACUUAGCCGAGUUCUCAACCUUCACUGCCACUGUGCAACAAAAAAACCCUUCAGUUCAAACCCUCUUAUCCAUUGGUGGAGGAGGCGCUAAUGCCACAACUUUUGCUGCUAUGGCUAGCCAAGCAAGUACUCGCGCAUCAUUCAUAAAUUCCUCUAUACAACUAGCUAGGUUAUACAACUUUUAUGGCCUUGACCUUGACUGGGAGUACCCUUCUACAGCUACUGAAUUUACCAACCUUGGAUUACUUCUAGACGAGUGGAGAGCUGCAGUGGUUAGUGAGGCCACAAGCUCUGGCAAUACAACAUUGCUUCUGGUUGCAGCUUUCUAUUACUCUUCAAACUAUUACGGUUUGACUUAUCCAAUUCAGGAUAUAUCGAACAGCUUGGACUGGGUCAAUGUUAUGGCCUAUGACUUUAUUGCACCUGGUUGGUCACCAACUGUGACUGGACCUCCUGCUGCGUUGUACAAUCCAACAAGCCAAGUUAGCGGAGAUAGUGGCAUCACAGCCUGGAUUCAAGCUGGUGUUUCUGCCAGUAAAUUGGUACUCGGUCUUCCAUUUUAUGGCUACGCAUGGACUCUAGUAAAUGCUGAUGACAAUGGAAUAUUUGCUCCGGCUAAUGGAGCUGCUAUAUCCACAGAUGGGUCAAUAGCUUAUAGCCAAAUAUUGGAUUUCAUAUCCCAGAAUAGUGCCACAAAAGUGUAUAAUUCCACGUUUGUUACAAACUAUUGCUAUUCUGGGACGACAUGGAUUGGUUACGAUGAUACGAAUAGUACAUCUACCAAGGUUACAUAUGCUAAGGGAACUGGAUUGCUUGGCUACUUUGCGUGGCAAAUUGGUCAGGACCCAAAUUUCGUUCUUUCUGAAGCAGCUUCAAGUGCAUGGGGAGCAUAGAAUAUAGAAGAUUCGAUGUGAAAGGCCAUGAUAUGAUAGAAUGUUAUGUAUAACAAUAAAUUUGUAACAAUAAUAAGUUGAGCCCUUGUACUUCAACUCGUUGGUAUAUUCUGCUGUUUUCAAGAAAUUUAAAGUUCAAAUUAUCCUCCUCCA